UAUUGAAAGGAAAAGGAAUAUAAUAUGAUAUGAUUCCUUUCUUUGGAUACUUUCUUCUAUUGUUUGCCUCCCCAUUCAAUCUCUUCUCUCGCACGCCCCUUUUUGGUCUUCUGCCGUUCGCUCGCACACUGAAAGUUGCUGAUGUUCUCCUCUGUAUCCCAGCAAUGAGUUUAUCAUGUCUUGUUUGUCAUAGCAUGGAUAGCCGAUCACGAUCUUUUAGGAGUUACUCUGUUUCAAGUUCAGAAGACGAGGGGCGAUGUUCUGCAGUUGUUACCUGCUUGACUCGGAAGGUCGCCGUUGCUACAGCAGGUACAGCUAAUGCCAUUUCGACGGCCAAAGUGACACCAUUCCCCAUGAUGGCAAGUGGUCAAGGUAUGACAGGAACUCCGCGCCUUUUGCGAAGCCGAGCUGUGAGUAGGGACUUGGUUAGAGACUGGAAUUUUGAUCAAGUUCAUGUGGAGGGCUAGCGGUGUAAGAAGCGCUUAAGAGUUACCUCAAAAAGGAGAUAUUGUUAGUUUUGUAACUACUUUAAGUGGUUUUCUCGACUAGAUUUCUUGUAGUUACGGUUAGCUGUUGUGAGUCCAUGAUACAUAUUGGACAUUUUGGAACAUUGCUGUCUUAAAUAUUUUGAACA